AUGCCUAAUAUUUUGCUUGUAGGCGCGACCCGCGGUCUUGGUGCCAGUCUGGCGGAGCUGUAUGCGUCCGAUGCGAGCAAUAAUGUGUACGCUACAGCAAGGUCGACCAAUACUCCUGCCAACCCCAAGGAUUUCGCAUACAUCCCUGAUAUCGACAUCGCCUCGCCCGAUGCAGGCAGCAAGAUUAUCCAGUAUCUCCGCAACAAGAAAGUCUCUAGCUUGGAUACCAUAAUCAUUACGGCCGGCUACUUCGCAACUGAGAGUCUCAAAGAACCGUCUUUCGAGGCUCAGGAGCGCAUGUAUCGGACCUGCGCCAUUGGACCAACGAUACUUGUCACCACGCUAGCCAACGAGAACAACGAGCUGCUGGGCAAGAACUCGAAGAUCAUUUUCGUGUCUUCAGAAAGCGGCAGUAUUGGACUCAGACACGAGAAGGAGGGCGGCGGCAAUUACGGACACCAUGCUAGCAAGACUGCGCUCAACAUGUCAGCGAAGCUGUUAAGCUUGGAUUUGAAGGAUAGAGGCGUCGCGAUAGCAGUCGUCCACCCGGGCUUCAUGAGGACGGAGAUGACCAAGGGAGUUGGGUUCGACAAGUUCUGGGACGACGGUGGCGCAGUGACCCCUGAAGUCGCGGCGAAGUCACUUGUGGAGUGGGUCGAAACUUUCGACAUCAGCAAGACUGGGGAGUACUGGGCACCUCGCGGACCACGUGAUAUUGGGACAGCCGAGGCUGUGCUAGGUCCUGCAGAGAAGCUCUCGACACCCCUGCAACUGCCAUGGUAG